AAGAAGCUGUUGUGGAUAUGGGCAAAAUCAGCUCUACUAUCAAUACAAACUUUGAGAAAGAAGAACUAGAAAGCCACAGAGCUGUGUAUAUUGGAGUUCAUGUCCCAUUUGGAAAGCAAGGCCGUCGACGGCAUAGACAUCGUGGGCACAGGCAUCACAGAAGAAAAAAAGAAAAAGAGACUGACAGAGAGGAUGGCCGAGAAUCUCCGUCAUAUGACACGCCAUCCCAACGAGUGCAAUUUAUCUUGGGUACUGAAGAUGAUGAUGAACACAUUCCCCAUGAUCUCUUCACUGAAAUGGAUGAACUUUGCUUCAGGGAUGGAGAAGAAUAUGAAUGGAAAGAAACGGCUAGGUGGCUAAAAUUUGAAGAGGAUGUUGAAGAUGGUGGUGAUCGAUGGAGCAAGCCUUAUGUAGCAACUCUGUCUCUGCACAGUCUCUUUGAACUGCGAAGCUGUAUUCUUAAUGGGACGGUCAUGUUGGACAUGAGAGCAAACACACUAGAUGAGAUAGCAGAUAUGGUUUUGGACAACAUGAUUGCCUCUGGCCAGCUUGAUGAAUCCAUAAGAGAGAAUGUGAGAGAGGCCCUUCUAAAAAGGCACCAUCAUCAGAAUGAGAAAAAAUUCAGCAAUCGGAUUCCCUUGGUUCGGUCUUUUGCAGAUAUAGGCAAGAAACAUUCUGACCCUCACUUGCUUGAACGAAAUGGGCUGUUAGCAUCUCCACAGUCAGCACCUGGAAAUUUAGACACUGGGAAAAGUGGAGACGUUAAAGGUACUGGGACAGGAGGAAGCAGAGAAAACAGCACGGUUGAUUUUAGUAAGGUUGAUAUGAACUUCAUGAGGAAAAUUCCUUCGGGAGCAGAAGCAUCAAAUGUGUUAGUGGGAGAAGUAGAUUUUUUAGAAAGACCUAUUAUUGCUUUUGUGAGGCUCUCCCCUGCUGUGCUUCUCUCAGGUCUCACAGAGGUUCCGGUUCCUACACGGUUUUUGUUUUUGUUGCUGGGACCAGCAGGAAAAGCUCCACAGUACCAUGAAAUUGGAAGAUCAAUAGCAACACUUAUGACAGAUGAUGUUUUCCAUGAUGUUGCCUAUAAAGCAAAAGACCGAAAUGAUUUGUUGUCAGGAAUUGAUGAAUUUUUAGACCAAGUGACAGUCCUGCCUCCAGGAGAAUGGGAUCCAUCUAUACGAAUUGAGCCACCAAAAAGUGUUCCUUCCCAGGAGAAAAGGAAGGUACCUAAAUUUCCAAAUGGAUCUACUCCUACAGGAGAGACUCUCAAAGAAGAAGGCCAUCAUGCUGGACCUGAACUUGAGAGAACUGGAAGGCUUUUUGGUGGUUUGAUACUUGACAUCCAAAGGAAAGCACCUUUUUUCUUGAGUGACUUCAAGGAUGCAUUAAGCCUGCAGUGCCUGGCCUCGAUUCUUUUCCUAUACUGUGCCUGUAUGUCUCCUGUAAUCACUUUUGGAGGGCUCCUGGGAGAAGCUACACAAGGCAGAAUAAGUGCAAUAGAGUCUCUCUUUGGAGCCUCAUUAACUGGGAUUGCCUAUUCUCUCUUUGCUGGGCAACCUCUUACUAUUUUGGGGAGCACCGGACCAGUUCUAGUGUUCGAAAAAAUACUAUUUAAAUUUUGCAGGGAUUAUGGUCUGUCCUACCUCUCCCUGCGAACUAGCAUUGGUCUGUGGACUGCAUUUCUAUGCAUAGUGCUUGUUGCCACAGAUGCCAGUAGCCUCGUGUGUUACAUCACUCGAUUUACUGAGGAAGCUUUUGCAGCGCUUAUAUGCAUCAUAUUUAUUUAUGAGGCAUUGGAAAAGCUUUUUCAUUUGGGAGAAGUGUAUGCCUUCAAUAUGCACAAUGAUUUGAAUAAACUGACUUUAUAUUCAUGUGUGUGUUCUGAGCCUGAGAAACCCAGUAAUGAAACUUUGCAGGCAUGGAGGAAUAUGAAUAAGUCUGUGGAGAAUAUAGCAUGGAGUAACCUUACAGUUUCUGAAUGUGUAGAAUUUCGUGGUGUGUUUCAUGGAUCAGCUUGUAGCCAUCACGGACCAUAUAUUCCAGAUGUUCUCUUCUGGUCUGUCAUACUAUUCUUUACAACAUUUUUCCUCUCCUCUUUCCUUAAGCAAUUCAAGACCAAACGAUAUUUCCCAACUAAGGUGCGUUCUACCAUCAGUGACUUUGCAGUAUUUCUGACCAUAGUUGUUAUGGUUUUGAUUGACUAUCUUGUAGGAGUACCUUCUCCUAAGCUUCAUGUUCCAGAGAAAUUUGAACCCACCCGAAAAGACCGAGGAUGGUUCAUAGAUCCUCUUGGAAGCAAUCCUUGGUGGACACUCUUGAUAGCUGCUCUUCCUGCUUUACUCUGCACCAUUCUCAUUUUCAUGGAUCAACAAAUAACAGCUGUUAUUAUAAACAGGAAAGAGCAUAAGCUGAAGAAAGGCUGUGGUUAUCAUCUUGAUCUGCUCAUGGUUGGUAUUAUGCUGGGAAUAUGUUCCAUCAUGGGCUUACCGUGGUUUGUUGCUGCAACUGUCCUGUCUAUAAGUCAUGUUAAUAGCCUGAAAGUUGAAUCUGAAUGCUCAGCACCAGGAGAGCAACCAAAGUUUUUGGGAAUCCGGGAGCAGCGAGUGACAGGAUUGAUGAUUUUUGUCUUGAUGGGGCUGUCAGUGUUCAUGACUUCUGUGUUAAAGUUUAUUCCAAUGCCAGUUUUGUAUGGUGUCUUUCUUUACAUGGGAGUAUCUUCAUUAAAGGGCAUUCAGUUUUUUGACCGUAUAAAACUGUUUGGAAUGCCUGCCAAACAUCAACCUGACCUGAUUUAUCUACGUUAUGUGCCACUCUGGAAGGUCCAUAUCUUUACAGUAGUUCAGCUCACUUGCCUAGUUCUGUUGUGGGUGAUUAAAGCCUCUGCAGCUGCUGUUGUUUUCCCUAUGAUGGUUCUAGCGUUAGUGUUCAUUCGCAAGCUCAUGGAUUUAUGUUUCACCAAAAGAGAGCUUAGCUGGCUUGAUGAUCUUAUGCCAGAAAGUAAAAAGAAGAAAGAAGAUGACAAGAAGAAAAAAGAGAAGGCUGAAGCAGAGAGAAUGCUUCAGACAGGGGACAAUGGAAGUGUACAUCUUGCAUAUGGAGAAGCAAAUUUGGAUUUUCCUGUAAAAACCCUAAAAUACAGCCUUGAUCCCUCAAUUGUAAACAUAUCAGACGAAAUGGCCAAAACUGCACAGUGGAAGGCUCUUGCCAUGAGUACUGAGAAUGCCAAAGUAACCAGAGCUAACCUGAGCCCUGAAAAACCAGAAAGUGUGAAAAUAAAUGUAGAAGAUUCACCUGUUGUGAAGUACGUGGAUGCUGAAACAUCUUUAUAGAACUGAACCAAGGGGAAUUGCGUGUAUUUGUGUGUGUGUGUGUAUAUAUCACUGCAGGAUAUUAUACCAUUGAAGUGUGAUUUCCAAUUUAAGGAGCGACAUGUAUUUAAUUCUGCCAUGGUUUAGGGCACUGUAGAUAUGCUUGCAUAAUGAGAAGAUUCUCUUACAAAUAAGAUGAGUGGUAAUCACACUUCAGCUAUUUAUUUUAUUGGAAAUUUUAUUUUCAUUUUUAAAUAGGAAGAUUGUAAUGAAUGCUUAUUAUUUUCAAUAAUUAAUAUGUGCAUAAAAGUUAAAUCAGCUCUUGCUGACAAUUACUGGUCCACUUUGCUUAAAAUUUUGCAAUACCUCUGUUUAUAAUGUGCGCUACAGAAGUUUGUUUUCCGUGCAGGCAAUUACUUCUUGUUUUUGCAGGGUAUACUUUUUUUGUGAUUGCAUAGAACAAAUAUUAAUGUGCUGUUGACAAGAACUACUGUGUUUCAUGUCUCUACUACAUCCUAGUGUUUUCUGGAUUCUGUCUCUCCUAUUUUACAGAAGUGGCCUAAAACCCUAAGUCAGGUGGUUAGUUAAUCCUUAAAGUAUAUAUAAAACCCCUGUUCUGCUACCUUUCUUUUUUUUUUUUUAAAUUCACUCUUGGUUUUUUCAUUAUUGUCCAGUGCAGUAAUUGUAGUUACAGUCCCAAGUCAGUAUUUGCCAUUCAGGAUGCUCCAUGUUUACACAAUAUAAAUUGGAUUUACAGACAGCAGUUUGGUCUAUAGGAAGUUACACACACCUGCCACAUUAGUACUUUUGAAUUCUUUCGUUCCUGUUUUUACUUACAUUUUUCCAUCAACUUACAGAGCCUGAUUUACUCAGCUCUAAGACUGAAACAUUAGAGUAUUUCAUGUCCUCACCAAAUAAAUUUCUUGCUUAAUU